UUUUUUUUUUUUUUUGGUUCACAUUCGGAGUCUUUCCCCUCUGCGUUGCCGAUGAAGUGAGUUCACGGAGAGCUUUUUUUCCCCCCCGUGCAAGGACACAACUACAUUUGUUGGCAUGAGAAUGGCUUGAAGCGAAACGAGAGGUUUGCUGAAGAAUGCACUGAAGUGGAAACAAAUGAAGAUUUCUACUGUCUGCGUGCGUUCUACAGUAAAAGACGGCAAACCAAUGGAUCGUUUGGGACAGGCUCCUAAUAUAGAUCUGCUGUUUUGGAAUAACAUGAAGAGAGUUCAUAUGGAUUCUUGCCCUGCUCAUGGCUGACAAAGGUGCAGGAUCAAGUCGCCUUUAGGAAGAACCUGGGAUUAAGUGGACUGAGAUUCAAAUGUGUCGAGGAUGCUUGUCACGGAUAUGUUAUGGUGCGAAGCUGGAUUGAUCAUAUCGCUUUAAUCCACUUGUAGCCCUCCCCAACCCCCAUACCCCACCCCAUGUCAGAUCUUCCCUAAAUUAUGGAAAUUUUUUGGAAGACGCUGACUUGGAUAUUUAGCCUGGUCUUGGCCGCUGCUGAAGCUCAGAUCCUUUCGUACAACUCUCAAGCGGAAUUCCUGUCCACGCUGGAGCACUAUCAGCUAACAGUACCAGUGCGGGUGAAUGAGAGGGGCCAGUUCAUGAGUUACACUGUGAAGCAUUACAGGCCCGGUCGGCGGAGACGUGGACUGGACCAGGACGAGCUGGACCACACCGAGACCAGGCUUUUUUACAAACUCUCAGCCUACGGCAAGCACUUUCACCUGAACCUGACACUCAACCCCAUCCUGGUUUCGAAACAUUUCACGGUAGAGUACUGGGGCAAAGACGGACUAGACUGGCAGCAUUCAGUGGUCGAUAACUGCCACUAUGUUGGAUACCUACUGGAUCAAUAUAGCACUACAAAAGUGGCAUUGAGCAACUGCAAAGGCUUGCAUGGUGUCAUAACCACAGAGGACGAGCAAUAUUUAAUAGAGCCAUUAAAAAAUAUAUCCAGAAAUUUCAGUGAUGUCAACCACGAAGGACAACCACAUGUUAUUUAUAAAAAGACUUCUAUUCCUUCUCUGCAAGAGCCAAGCGAGGAGUUCAGCUGUGGUGUUUCAGACCUCACGAUAAACAGGACUCCCAGCUACGAUACCAAUCCUGAAGCAAACACACCUUACCCGGCCCCGGACGGCGACAGCUCGAUGGGUGGCCACCGCCAGAGGCGUUCUGUCAGCUCUGAGCGCUUUGUGGAGACCCUGGUGGUGGCGGACAAAAUGAUGGUUGGCUACCACGGUCGCAAAGACAUCGAGCACUACAUCCUCUCCGUAAUGAAUAUUGUUGCCAAACUUUACCGUGAUGCCAGUCUUGGAAACGUUGUGAACAUUAUUGUAACCCGACUGAUUGUUCUGACGGAGGAUCAGACCAACUUAGAGAUAAACCACCAUGCGGACAAAUCUCUAGACAGCUUCUGUAAAUGGCAGAAAUCCAUUCUUUCUCAUCAGGGAGAUGGAAACAGUAUCCCAGAGAACGGGAUCGCCCAUCACGACAACGCUGUUCUCAUUACAAGGUAUGACAUCUGCACCUAUAAGAACAAACCCUGCGGUACUCUCGGUUUGGCGUCCGUAGCCGGGAUGUGUGAGCCAGAGAGGAGCUGUAGUAUUAAUGAAGAUAUAGGCCUCGGUUCGGCCUUCACUAUUGCACAUGAGAUCGGACACAAUUUCGGCAUGAACCACGAUGGGAUCGGGAACUCCUGCGGGACCAAAGGUCACGAGACAGCCAAGCUGAUGGCGGCCCAUAUCACAGCCAACACCAACCCCUUCUCCUGGUCGGCCUGCAGCAAGGACUAUAUCACCAGCUUUUUGGACUCAGGUCGGGGAACAUGUCUGGACAAUGAGCCUCUGAAACGAGACUUCCUGUACCCCACUGUGGCUCCAGGGCAGGUGUACGAUGCAGAUGAGCAGUGUCGUUUCCAGUACGGUGCCUCCUCCCGUCAGUGCAAAUAUGGGGAAGUGUGUAGAGAGCUCUGGUGCCUUAGCAAAAGUAACCGCUGUGUCACCAACAGUAUCCCCGCCGCAGAAGGAACCCUGUGCCAGACCAGCAGCAUCGAAAAGGGGUGGUGCUAUCAGGGGGAAUGUGUGGCGUUUGGGACGUGGCCGCAGAGCGUGGACGGAAGCUGGGGACCCUGGACCUCCUGGGGCGAGUGCAGUCGGACCUGCGGCGGAGGCGUCUCCUCUUCCAUGAGACACUGUGACAGCCCAGCGCCGACAGGCGGAGGGAAGUACUGCCUCGGGGAGAGGAAGCGCUACAGAUCGUGUAACACUGACGCUUGUCCAGCAGGAUCACGUGACUUUAGGGAGAAGCAGUGUGCCGAUUUUGACAGCAUGCCUUUCCGUGGGAAGUACUACAACUGGAAGCCGUACACUGGAGGUGGAGUGAAGCCGUGUGCGCUGAACUGUCUGGCUGAGGGCUACAACUUCUACACCGAGCGAUCGCCCGCCGUCGUCGACGGCACGCGCUGUCAGGCCGACUCGCUGGACAUCUGCAUCAACGGAGAGUGCAAGCACGUCGGCUGUGAUAACAUCCUGGGCUCGGAUGCCAAGGAGGACAGAUGCCGCGUGUGCGGAGGGGACGGCAGUACGUGUGAGGUCACCGAAGGACUGUUCAACGAUUCGCUGCCCCGAGGAGGUUAUAUGGAGGUUGUCCAGAUACCAAAAGGAUCGGUUCACAUAGAAAUCAGGGAAGUGGCCGUGUCGAAGAACUACAUCGCUUUGAAAUCGGAGGGGGAUGACUAUUACAUCAACGGAGCCUGGACCAUCGACUGGCCCCGGAAAUUUGACAUCGCAGGAACAGCCUUCCACUACAAGAGACCGACUGACGAAUCUGAGUCGCUUGAAGCUUUAGGAUCCACCACUGAAAGUUUGGUGGUUAUGGUGCUACUACAGGAACAGAACUUGGGCAUCCACUACAAGUUCAACGUACCGAUCCAGCGCACAGGGAGCGGGGACAAUGAAGUGGGCUUCUCCUGGCACCAUCUGCCCUGGUCUGAGUGCUCAGCUACAUGUGCAGGAGGCUCGCAGAAGCAGGAGGUGGUGUGUAAAAGACUGGACGACGGUUCGGUGGUCCAGAACAGCUACUGCGACCCGGACGGCAAACCGCCAGGGAACCAGCGACCUUGCAACACCGAGCCGUGUCCUCCGGAGUGGCUUAUCGGUGACUGGUCAGAAUGUGGGAAGACCUGUGACGGAGGUGUCCGAACACGUACUGUCUUGUGCAUCCGUAAAAUCGGACCCACAGAGGAAGAGACUCUGGAGGACAGUCACUGUCUGACUCAUCGGCCAAUAGAACAAGAGUCCUGCAACAAUCAGUCCUGUCCGCCCCAAUGGGUGACGCUGGACUGGUCUGAGUGUACCCCAAAGUGUGGCCCUGGCUUCAAGCACCGCAUAGUUCUAUGUAAAAGUAGCGACCUGACCAAAACCUUCCCACCAGCCCUCUGUUCUGACCACAUCAAACCUCCGGUCCGUAUUCGCUGCAGCCUGGGUCGCUGUCCGCCGCCGCGCUGGAUCCCUGGAGAAUGGGGACAGUGUUCUGCUCAGUGUGGACUCGGGCAGCAGAUGCGGACGGUUCAGUGUCUGUCAUAUACAGGACAGCCCUCCCCCGAAUGUCCAGAGUCACUACGGCCCAACAACAUGCAGCAGUGCGAAAGCAAAUGCGACGCUACGCCCAUCUCCGGUGGCGACGAGUGCAAAGACGUAAAUAAGGUGGCAUACUGCCCAUUGGUGCUGAAGUUCAAGUUCUGCAGCCGUGCGUACUUCAGACAGAUGUGCUGCAAGACGUGCCAAGGACACUGACCCCGUGGAGAGAAGCAGAGACAGAUGCUGCAAUGAGAAAAGAGAGAGAAAACUGGCAGAGAGUAAAGUCAAUGCUGGGCACAGAAGAAAGAAGCCUCUCUCUCGCUAAUCAACACACACACACACACACACACACACACAACUGCUUUUAGCCCUGUGGAACCCAAACCACUGCUCAGCACUGUGCUGACACCUGUUUUAUUUUCACUUCUGUGAAGUGGGAAUGUAUAAAAUGAUCAUUAUUGUUGUUAUUUUUAUAACAAUAAUAAUAAUAAUUGAUUUUGGUUAUUAUUAUUAUCAAUGUCUUUCUGUAGUUAUAAUCCAAAGUGCUGGACACAACACUCACAGAUAUGGCACGGCAGAGAUUUACUGCCGACAUAAGGGAGUUCGGGACAUUGGUAUAACCCUGGGUCUUGCAUUUACACUCCUAACAUGGUUCUGUUGUCAACACUUCAUUCAGGAGCCUUCAAACUGACAAUGAGAGCUCACAAUGGCAGCAUCGGAUCGAAUGGAAGUCACUUUUUCAAUAAGAGUUUGAGGCAACAUGAGUGUCAGAGACUGUUGAUGGUGUGACAAAGUAAUCCGAUACGGACAUUUCCAAACAUAGAUAGGGCUGAAACUUUGUGACCGCAACAUGCAUUUGGUUUAAAGUAAAAAAAAAAACAACAUUUAAAAUUUUUCACCCAAAUGAUAUUUUACUCUCCUUCUAGUUCAGGGGUAGCCAGUCCUGUUCCUGAAGAACCGCAGACUUCAGUUGCCAGUUGUUUUAACUAAACUCUGCAGGAUGGUAGCCCUUCAUGAGCAGGGUUGGUUUGGAUUGACUUUUGGUUUUUGAUUAGAAGUACAUACCAGGAUUGUCCAAUCAUACUCCUGUAAGGGUCAAUAUUCUAGAGUGUUUAGCGCCUACCUGCAACAACACACAUCUGGAAGUUUCUAAUCAUACUGCAGAUCCUAAUUAUGUGUGUUUAAUCGGCAUUGGAGCUGAAAUUUCACUUUGCUUUUAGUCGAACACUUGCAAACUUCUCUUACCACUUCCCCCCUCCCCCCUCAGGCGAAUCCAUUUUAAAGUGGGUUCUACUUUGUUAAAUUGACAGGUCACAUCUGUAGAGAGCCUCAACCCCUCGACUUUUACCAAGGGUGCUUGGUGUACACUUCAGGCAGCUUCAUAAACCAGAUUGCAACACAAUUAUUAUGUCACCUCAGACUGUGUUUAAUUUACCUCCAUGACUCUGACAUGUUAAUUAUUUUCUAAUUAUUUUAAAAAUAUAAAUAAAUCAACUCCACACAAGAAUCCAAUUGAUCAAAUGUUCAGGACGUUACAUUUUAGCCCGUCGCGAGGGUUAUGCCAGUAGUGGUCACUCAUGCAACAUAAUCAAAAACGUACAUCCAAAUCAAAGAAACUGAUGGAGGUCAGCAAAGGAAGGGCAUACAAACAAAAUAGAAGACAGUUGAGUCUAUUGGAGCAGGAUUGAAUAUCCUUAGAUGGGUAGUCAAUGUUGUUCAGUUUUUUUUUGUGGGUAAAUGGAGGUCGUACUAGAUAUACAUGUGGUUUAUUCGAAAUCCGUAACUUGGAACUUUUAUGCACAUUUAUUCACUCUGCAAAUGCUUUUUUCCAGAGCAACUUCCAUUGCAUUCAUAGUUUACAGCCCUCGAUCUUGGCAUGGCUAGAUUUUGUCAAUAACUUUUGAAAGUAAGAUAAAGACCCAAGGGCCAAAGACAAACAGGGUAGUGUGAUUGGGUGCUUUGGUGCUGAAUUUGUGCAGAAGAAAUCUCAAUUAUAGCUUCAGAGUCCAGAUGUUCAGUUGACUUAGCCACCUGUUUUACUGAGCUGAAUCACAUGACCACAGGCCAAAGAAUUCCACCAUUGUCUGACACCCGAACAAGGCCUGAAAAUCAGAUCAGUUCCAAAGGGACGUUUCUACUAUUGUGUCUCUAGAAUUAUUGUGGACUCCAGAGAGACAUUAAUUGCGAUUCUGACGUGAUUCUGCUUUAUGGAUCCAUAUUCUGCUUUAAAUUCUAGGGUUCUGACAUCUAUGCGUCUGUUCCGGGGACCGGCGUGUUCCAGACGCAAUAAUUUUCCCAUAAAAUGCGUGCUGCAGCCACACUCCGCCACAUUAUCAGCAGAAUACACAGACAAUCCAUCAGCACAGGGAUGACUUGCUCGGAGAUCUCCAGGUCUGUGAUGCUGAUGCAUUAGUAAAGUUAAGUGAAGGGCCAGUGCCUGGGUAACCUGCCAGACCCCACAGAUCCGGUCUGCCAUCAACUACCUCCAAAACACCCCCUCUUCCUCCUUCCCUGAGAUCACAGCACUUCCAGCCCACUCUCUUAAACCCUCCACACUCAAUGGUGCUUUUCUUUCCUCAGUGGAGGACUGUUUGUUCCACUGCCCUUCUUCCGCUCAUCUUUUGAGUGGGUGGCUCUUCUGGCCCCAUGGUGCUAUAAGACCUUGAUGCAUUCUGGGUAUGCGGUCUGAAAGAAACCCAAGAAUACUUUAGCUCUGUUCCAAAACCUAGUGAGCUCCCUACCUAGACCGGCUUUUUAAGGCAUCAUAGGUUUUACUUGCGCAACGGUCGUUCCAAAAAGUAGGCUGUUCAUUUUUUUUUUAUAAGACCUGUUUUUUAACCAAUUUCAAGGCUGAAUCACAUUUCUUUUGCAAAGGCAAUCCCAGAAUGCACUGUUCAGUGUCAGACAAGGUGAAAAAUGUGCUUUGCAUUUUUAUGCUUGUUGGACUAUUGUAUCAUUAGCCUAGCUACUGGAAACAAUUGUGCGUCAUGUUUACUGUGCACUUUACGAAUGCUAUUUGUGUGGCAUGUGAGGUUGUUGCAUACGUAGUCUUGCAAAUCAGUCAGUUGACAGGUCCUAUUACCGUUACGAUGCUGCUCUAGUCCUGAAAUAUACUCUACACAACCAUACAAAUACAAAUUCUAGCUAAACUCAAUUUUACAUGAUGCGUUAUGUUGGACCAUGUCGCAUUCUUAGCAUCGGUGCUGUACUAUUACUGCUAGAACAAAUCGAGAGCCCAUGCUAAGUAUGUUCAAAAUGCAUGUUAGCAUACUUACCCAAGUUAUGUUUCUUGACAUGGAAAGCAGUCGACUAAGCCACGCUAAGAAAAGCAGCUUGCUAGGUUUUGGAACAAAGCUUUCUUUCUGUCUUUUACAUUGGUUUAUGUUUGUAAACUUUUCAACAACCGAAUGUUGCAUUUUUCCAUCAACUAUGACUGAGUGACUUUUAACCUGCUAUCUUAUAGCAAGAUGAUAUAGCAUCAAUUUUAAUCAUCUUUGUUACAGGACACAGUACAUGAAUGAAAUCGAGGAGUUAUGGGACAUUUUUAUGUUUUUUUAAUCAUACAACCGAUCUACUUUUGCUGCUGCUACUCUUUUGUAGCCACAAACACAAUAUUAUUCAAUUAUGUAUUAUGAAAUGUACUGGGAUUAUUCAACAGUGAACAGUGAACAGCAGAACUGUAGGCCCGACAUGCUGAGCAUCCUGUAAAAAGGCUUGAAGUACAAGUUUACUGGCUUUGGGACACGGACUCUCAAUAAGACACUCAAUGAAACUGGUACUGAUCGCUGUGAACUUGUGUCUUUGAAUGUCACAUUGUUUAACCUGUACCUAUAGAAGAGAGUUUUGCAUUUUUUGUGAAUAGUUGCUUACAUUUUAUAUUCAGUAUUAUUAAUGUUGGUACACUGUUACUAAUUUUUUUUUUCAUUUGUAAAUUAUAUGCUAAUUUAUUGCCUUGUGUCACUUGUCUUAUGUAUGUUUCACUGCAUGCAAACUGAAAACUAGUCUAGUGAAAUCGAUGCAGUGGAAUAACACCCUUCACGAUCUUGUUUUAGUCUUGGUAAAAUGUGAGUUUGAAUGUGUCUUAUUUGCUACUAGAGCGCUCUUAAAACUACGUCAGAAUGCUUUUGUGUGAGUCUGUGCGUUUGAGUGUGUGUAUGUUGAUAUGAUAUUACUGCACUGUUUCUCGAGGGCCAGUGCUCACAAAAAUAAUAAUAAUAAAUAAUGGUAAAUGGUGUCAAAGGGUAAGGACAAAAAUAUUCCCAUAGUAACACUUUAACAUUCUCAGUCCUUUGGCUUGUACCCUUGGUGAAUCCAACAAUAUGUAAUGGAUCCUGAAUAAAAUGACUUUAAAAGGGU